GAAAUCUCCCUUUUGGACUCUCAUCUUCCUUUAUAUACACGAGAUGCUAUUCUCAAAGCUUCUUCUCCCUGGUGGGGUACUUCAAUGGGACCCAAAAUUAAUUGAAAAUUUUUGGAAGAAGAAGGGACAAAAGAAACCUCCCCAUAUCUUCCUCACUUCUCCUCACCCAUACAUUUGCAUGUUCUGCAAAGAGAAAGUCUUUAAUCUCCUGAUACACUUGCAGUUAAUGCUCUUACUACAAAUAUCACUACUCUAGCUACCAUCACUGCACUGCCACUGUCAUCGCCACUGAUCGUUAUUGUUUCUGCAUCUGCUACUACGUACUUGCUAAUAGUUUGCUUGCUCCUUUUUCUUUUUGAACAUUAACAUGUCAAUCACAUCUUUUCUUCUUCUUUUUCUUUUAUGCAAUUCUUUGCAUGCAUGUAAUGCCAGACCUAUUCCUGCUACUACUGAUAAUACAAACCUCGACAAGAAAUUUAAUCAGAAUGAUGAGAAGAAGGUUUCAGUUGCAGAAAAGGUGGAGUCUUCGGCAUCUGGAAUUGCAAAGGAAGAUAGCAUCGUGCAGACUCAUCUAUUGGAGGAUAAUAAUCAAACGUCCAAAGACUCCAAGGCUAAAAAUAAGAAGCUCAUGAUGGCAAAAGAGGAUAUUGCAAGAAAAUCAUCAGGUUCUGUUCAAAAAGAGUCGCUUGUUUCAGUUCCUUGGCGUGUGCCUCAUAAAAAACGUGGAGAUAAGCACCCUGGUUUCAACUUGGACUACUCACCACCAAAGACACACCCACCUUCACACAACUGAAACAUAUCAUCAAUUUUGCUAUUUUCUUGUAAUCUCUAUAUAUUUCACUUCCAUA